CUUCCGCAAUGCUUCCGGAAGUGACAGAAGAAAGUAAAUAGAGGAACUACAACUGGAUCCAGAAAUUAAGAUAAUCGCCACUAAAGGGAGCGAUUUAAAAAAGACUUUGUGCUUUGUUUGCAUAAUAAAGGAAAUAUUCAUGCCAAACUAGUUCAGAGUCAAAUAAAGGUCCAGCGAUGUUCACAGACAUGGAUUAUGAAUUGGAGGAGGACAAACUGGGGAUACCAACAGUACCAGGCACGGUGUGUUUGAAGAAAGAUGCUAAUAACCUGAUUGGGAUCAGCAUCGGGGGGGGAGCCCAGUACUGCCCUUGUCUCUACAUUGUCCAGGUCUUUGAUAACACCCCGGCAGCUCUGGACGGGACACUGGCAGCAGGGGAUGAAAUCACAGGCGUGAAUGGGAAACCAGUGAAGGGAAAGACCAAAGUGGAGGUGGCCAAGAUGAUUCAAGCUGUACAGGGAGAAGCAGUAAUCCACUACAACAAACUGCAGGCGGACCCCAAACAGGGGAAGUCACUGGAUAUAGUGUUAAAAAAAGUCAAACAUCGGCUGGUAGAGAAUAUGAGCUCCGGCACAGCAGAUGCUCUCGGACUCAGCAGAGCUAUUCUAUGCAACGAUGGACUGGUCAAAAGACUGGAGGAGCUGGAGAAAACAGCAGAGCUCUAUAAAGGCCUGAUGGAGCACACAAAGAGACUGCUCAGAGCUUUCUUUGAGCUUUCUCAAACUCACAGAGGGUUCGGCGAUGUCUUCUCUGUCAUCGGGGUGCGAGAGCCGCAGGCUGCGGCCAGCGAGGCUUUCGUGAAGUUCGCCGAUGCUCACCGCAGCAUCGAGAAAUACGGUAUUCAGCUGCUGAAGACCAUCAAACCUAUGCUCCACGACCUGAACACGUACCUGCACAAGGCCAUACCCGACACGAAGCUCACCAUCCGCAAGUACCUGGAUGUGAAGUUUGAAUAUCUGUCGUAUUGCCUGAAGGUGAAGGAGAUGGAUGAUGAAGAAUACAGCAGUAUUGCCAUGGGGGAGCCUCUGUACCGAGUCAGCACCGGCAACUAUGAAUACCGCCUAGUGCUGCGGUGUCGGCAGGAGGCCCGCGCCCGCUUUGCCAAGAUGAGGAAGGACGUUUUGGAGAAAAUAGAGCUGCUGGACCAGAAACACGUCCAGGACAUUGUGUUCCAGCUGCAGCGCUUCGUCUCAGGCAUGUCCCAUUACUAUGACGAGUGCUACGCCGUCCUCAAGGAGGCGGAUGUCUUCCCCAUUGAAGUGGACCUCUCCCGCACCACCAUCAACUACGGCAGCCAGUCCAUGUCCUACGCCGGAGAUGAGGAGGACGAGGAGGAGGAGGAGGAGGAGGAGGGAGGAGCUGGAGAGGAAGGAGGGGGCAGUACAGAGAGACAAGCAGAGAAUGGAGCUGAGAAACUCAUCGAUGAUGAAUGACAGUUUGUGCGCGUGUUUGUGUGUGUUUGUGCGUGACAACUGUUCUUCACUUGCAUUUAAUGGCAAUGCACUCACUGAGCAGCAGUCUUUGCGGUGGAGUAAAUGGCUGCAAUGAUGCUGUAUGUUCUUCUUUUGGUCGUCAAUCCUUCGCGGGAUUCUCUCAAAUCAACAGCUAUGCUUUGCAUUUAUUGUCCCACUUUUGACUGUAAAACUUUGUCUUUAAAAUAUCAAAUACUGCUUUUUAAUGUCUCCUCCACAGUCGAGGGCUUUGCUUAAUGACUGUGAGAGAGACACAACUAACAGAUGGCAAUUGUGUUUGGAUCAGAACGCUCUGGAGAGGCUUUAAUGCGGCAGAAUAGGUUUAUGAGAUCAUGACAUUCUGAGAUUAUGAGGUGUGCCUUCUUAGCUCCCAGUGAAGCCUGACAGGCCUGGGAUGCAUGUCAUUGUGGAUUCUUAACGUUAUAUCUUGAUAGUAGCUUUGUUUUUCUUUCCUACAAAAAUAUUUUGAACAGGGAUUUAUUUAGCUAUCUUAAAUGUUAUGUUGUGGUUAAACGUGAAACUUUCUCCUCAGCUUUAACACAUGGUAAUUGACACUACUGGAUACAUCUGAAGGUCAUGUUUAAGAUAAUAUCUGAAGAAGUUUGUAAUAUGAAACUGUUACACUCCUUUAUCUUCCUAUCAUAUUUUAGUAUCUUCACAAGUGAGAGCCUGCUACUUUCCACAGUGUUUAACUCUGAAAAGCUUCACAACCAAAGUCUAGUUUUAUUUUGUUAUUCAAUCUCUUUCACCUCUUGCAAAACUGCCUGUUCAAAGGUCAAAUUAGCUUUUUCUUGUAACACAGCUGAAACUCUUAUCGUCGACAGCAUGUCUUCUUUUCAUUCCAUUGAUGACUUUGGUAGUGUUUCUGCUUUUAAAGAGAAAGGUGGUGGACACGCAAAAGCCUCGCAGAGCGUCAUAGUCGAUGAAGCAACACAAACGUUAAUGUAAAUAACUAUGUACAAAGGGAAAGGGUGUAACAACUGUCAUUUUCAUUUUUAUUUCCACUUAAUUUAUAAAGUUAUAAUUUAUAUAAAAUAUAUGUAAAAGGUUAUAAUUGGAAAAUGUGAUUCUAUUUAUAGUCUGUCACUCCUUGUUGCCUUCAGGAGGAUAAGAUGACUUUGCGUUUUGAUGAUUUACUAUUGGGAACACUAGGGGGAAGCAUCGCAUCCGAUAACACUAUCCUGCAGUCAACCACAACUACACUAUGUGUCAAAAUAAAUUUGAAAAAAAGA